UGAACUUACAAUGUCAACAAAUCCUUUUAAAUUUUGAUUUCAAAUCGAUCGAUCAAACAAAAAAGGUGCUUGCUAUAAAAAUGUUCGGGAUCAAACAAAACGAAUGCGUUGGAUUCGAAUCGAGAUGGAAAGUGACAAAGUAGGAACCUGCUCUAUAAUAAAAAAAUACAAUAAGUAAUAUACUGCUAUUCUAGAGUGAAAACGGAAAGUUCAACGCAAACAUCAGAUUUUUCAUCAAACGAAAAAGGAACAAAUACAGCAGAAAGAGCAUGCAUAAACGUUCAAACUGACAACACAGCGCGAGAGGAAACAGCAGAAGCAGAUAUGGAAAGUCUAGCCUCGUGGCUAGGGAAAAUCUACCCCAAAGUGGAGAAAGCAAUGGAUGAAUGCACCACUUCACAGGCGUUCAGAGGGUACAGAAUGCAGGGUGAUUUGCAAGACGCAAAUUGUAAGCUUUUGCAAAGCAUCGGCGUUGUGAAUUCUCUCGAGGGUGGUAGCGGCGAUAAGUUGAUCAGAAUAUCUGAUAUCACUUGGAAUCAAACAGGCAAAUCUAUUGCAAUCUCCUGUAAUUCUGAACAUGAUUCCUGGUGCCAUCAUGCUGGAAAUGUUGCGAUUUUCACAUUGAACAGAGAUUGGAAAUUACCGGAAGCACCGAGACAAAAGUUGACAACGGAAAGUUGUAUCACGAGCCUAAAAUUUCAUCCAAUUCAUCCUGCAAUCAUUGCCGCAGGAACAUUCACUGGCAGCGUAAAAAUUUGGAAUAUUCAAAACGAGGAAGAAGAAGAUUUCAUUAGGAAAGAAAACGUGCAUUCUGACGCAAUCACUCAAAUAUCUUGGGUAGAAGAUGUUGAUUUGUCCAAAGAUAUUUUACUCGCGACGUCUAGCACCGAUGGGUAUUUGAAAUUGUGGAACUCUAAGACUAGUCCUUUUGCUUUGAGUUUGAAAGUCAGCUUCAAGAUUAAGAUCCCCCUAUUCGGUGCAGCGACAAAAAAUACUGACGUGAGAAGCGCUACCGAAAAAAACAUCCAAGGAAUCGUGGCUUUCGACUUUUCCCAUCACUCACCAGAAAUGUUUGUGGUUGCUCUAGAAGGUGGUUGUAUAGCACGUUGUUCCACUUUAGGAGCUUUUGAACUUAAAGAAAGUACUAAAGAUAAUAAAGUAUUCGAUCCGCUAUCCAAGUAUUACGAACCACAUGACGGUGAAGUAACUUCCAUAAGUUUUUCACCUAUGCGUAGUGAGAUGUUUAUGACUUGUGGAACUGAUGGCGAACUUCGAAUAUAUUUGAUUGGACAGGAGGAACCAGCUCAAGUUAUUUUUCUAAAAGACACCCUGCUUGACGUUGUCUUUGUUCCCUACGAAGAAAAGCUUAUAGCCGGAUGUGGAUUAAAAGGGAUGCUGGAAAUUUUCAAUGUCGUUAAAGGGCAAGCAUUGGAUGAUGUGACUACUGAAGACGUCAAAAAGACUACAUUGACCAAACUGGCUGUCAAUAAGAAGAAGACAAACAUUGUUGCGCUUGGAAGUACCAAUGGAGAACUGCAACUGUGGAGCGUACCUUGGAUUUUGUUUUCGAUUAAAUAAUUCACUUUUUUAUGGUAUUUCAAAUAUUUUGUUAUAAUUGUAUAUGUCGUUUUCUAUAAAUAUACACUAGCUCUCAACUAUUAUGUAAGCUUUGAAAAACUUGAAAUUUUUGGAAAUUUGGAAAUCUUGAAGAUUUUGAAAAUGUUGAAAAUUAUAGAAAUUUUGAAAAGUUUAAAGACUUAAGAAUUUGAAAAACUUGAAAAUUAUGUGAAUUUGGAAAAU